AGCACAGCUCGCCACAGCACCACCGCUCGUCAUGACCAUCUCCCAAGACUCGUCGGCCCCACUCGUCGCCAUCGUCGGCGCGACGGGCAACCAGGGCGGGAGCGUCCUGCGCUUCCUCGCCGAGUCGGACCGUCCGUACCGCCUGCGCGCCUUGACUCGCGACGCGUCCAAGCCGGGCGCGCAAAAGCUCGCCGAGCAGGGCGUCGAGGUCGUGUCGGUCACGCUCUCGGCGGACAACCUCGAGGGCGCCAAGCGCGCGUUCGACGGCGCCGACAUUGCCUUUGGCGUCACCAACUUCUGGGAGCACGUCGACAAGGACCGCGAGGUGGCCGAGGGCAAGACGCUCGUCGAUGCAGCUCUCGCGGCCGGCGUCCGCCUCUACAUCUACUCGUCGCUGCCCAGCUUUGACAAGGCGUCGAACGGCAAGUAUAAGAACGUCCACCACUUCGAGGGCAAGGCGCUGGUCGACGACUACGCGCGCAGCAAGGUCAGCAAGAGCUUCAAGUACGUCGCCGUCCAGGCCGGCUUCUACGACACGAACAUGCUCCCGGGUCCGCUCGUCCGCAAGGCGGCCGACGGCAAGUGGCGCAUGCGCACGCUCAUCGAGCCCGACACGAUCCUCCCGUCGAUCGACAUCUCGGAGUACGGCCUGUGGGUGCGGGCCGUCAUCGAGAACCCCGAGGUGCAGGACGAUGGGCGCCCCGUGUGCGCCGUGAGCGAGGACAUCUCGCUCACCGCCCUGCUCGACACUUUGCGCAAGCACGUCAAGGUCCCGAUCGAGUACGAGGUCGUGAGCGCCGCCGAGAUGCGCGCAGAGCAGCCCGACGGCACGCCCGAGCACAUCAAGGACGACCUCGAGGACAACUUGACUGCCAUCAACGAGAUCAGCUUCUUUUCGGGCCAGGACGCCGACUGGGUCCUCCCUUACCUCGCUCGCAAGCGUACGACGUUCGACGAGUGGUGCGCCAAGACCGACCUGAGCGGCUACGCUGCCUGAGGUCGUCCGGCGCACGGACCGGUCCGCGACCGCCUUCUCGAGCGAGCUCGACGGGCUUGCCGUCCGUCUCUUUUCCUUGUGUACAGCUUGAGCGUGCAACUACGAGUUGCAUUACUCUGUGG